AUGGUGCUUCUCGACCUGCUGACGCUGGGCCUCUGGUCAAAGGUUGGACGUUUGACACACUAUGCUUUUGACGCCGUUCUUCUCUCGGCUUUUCUCGCUGGCGUGAAGCGAUCGACCGGCUUGACUUUCAAGAGCGACAAGGUUGCCGGCGAGAACAAGGAUAUCUCCAAAUGGAUCGAUAAGUACCUCGGCGUCGGCGAGUGGGUGAUGGACCAGUCCGUUGCCAUCGCCGGCUCCAGCGGCUUCUUUGAGCGCAAGCGAUAG